AUGGCCGGUGAACCCAAGCCUGCUCCAAAGCGCUCGCGCCUCCCUUUCAAGCCGCCAAGUCGUACCACCAGCGCGGGGCCGUCUUCAGCAUCAAAGCCCAAAGCCAAGACCAAGCAACCGGCAGCAAAGGCCGCAACGUCACAACCCGCACAUGCUAGCACGGAAACCACGAAACCACCGACCCCUACUACUGCCCACAAGCCUGCAAAGGCCACAAAGGCCACAAAACCCCGAGAUUCCACGAACCCCAAACAGACCGCGAAACGACGGCGUGUGGAAUCACCAGCUCCCGAUGACGCGCAAUCAGGCUCGGAGUCUGGCUCAGAUGUGUCAGGACGCAGUCGCUCUCGAUCGAUUUCCCAGGAGCCUGACUACAUCCUUGCUGAGAUCACUACGACCAGUCCAGUGGAGGACGUCAACUCCAGCGAUCCAAAAAUUCCUCCCAAGCUGUUGACACGGCUGUUACACGAGCAUUUCCAAAACGACAAGACCAAAAUCGCGAAGGACGCAAACAACGUUGUGGCAAAGUACAUUGACGUCUUUGUGAGAGAAGCCAUCGCCCGGGCUGCCUUUGAGAGAGCAGAGACCAACGGUAGUGCCGGCGGCAGGAGUGUUGGAGAUGGAUUCCUCGAGGUUGAAGAUCUUGAAAAGAUGGCACCACAGCUUACUAUGGACUUCUAG